UAUACUGAAUAAUUCCGCACGACUUAUUUAUCGCUUAUAAUAGUCUUCUGUAUUUGGAUCACUUGACCAUUACUCACAGCGCCACCUAAACCUUCUUGAGUAAACAGGAUCAUCGAAGGACUUGGAAAAUGUCUGGAAAGGGUUAUCCGACACAGCCCAGUUAUCCCACACAACCUAGUUAUCCAACCCAACCGCCAGCUGGAUACCCACAACAGCACCCACAGCAAAUGCUGCCUCAGGGGUAUGCCAUUGGGGUACAGCCACCAGCACCAAUGAUGCAGCCUCCAGCAUAUGCAGCGGCUCCCCCACCACCCUACACACCAGUUGCUACAAACCCAAUGCCAGAUCAGUAUGGACAGGUUCCAGCCCCUGCCAUGUACUAUCAACAGCCACAACAGACCGUGAAUGUGGGUGCUACUUUUGACAAUGGCUGUAGAUUUGAUGGAGUAGCCCAACCAAGAAUUCCGCCACCACCUCCAGGGUACCUCCCCAAUCAGGCACAGAUUGCAGCAGCGCAGGGUAACGUAGUAAUGGGCACUCAACAUAGAUUUACAGAGUGUGAUGGGGGCUUCACCUGGUGAAAUAGGUACAAAUGACUGCAUCAAAAUCCUAGACACUGGACUUUAUGUUAUAAAGUGAGACCAGGAAAAUAACUUUUAAGAGGACUUACAAUGAAAUGUAAUUCAGAGGAGAUUUGUGAAGAGUAAAUAUGUGAAGAUCUGUGAUCCUACUUCUCUUCUUUGACGAGGAGUUUUAUAAUUAAAAAAAACACAUGUUUGAGUUUAUGAGGGAAAAUAACCAUCAUCCUAUAAUUUUCAUGAAUAUUAAAAGAGACUUUAAUUAGAAAUAACUACCAAGUACAUUGUUUAUUCUCAGAAAGGGACCUCCUUGACAUACACCAUGUUAUUUUUUGUGUCAUAUUUGCUAUUAACUUCAUUCAUAAAAUUAAAUUUAUUCGAAGUCCACUAGCAAGGUUUGAAUGCUUGGCCUUAAGAUUAUUAAUGGAAAUUUAAUGGAAAUAAAUUUCAAUUUUAGUGAUAGUUCAAUUACUGAUCUUCAUUUUAUGUGAAACGAAUCAAAGUUGUCAGAUUUUUGGAAUAUCUCUUCUUGGUUUGCACAUUUUUUGUUCACUAAUAUUACUACAGCAUUCUAGAAAGAUGAAACCAUUAUAUGUCUCUGUUUAAAAAUGCUAUUCUUGUGUGUAUCUUUAGCACAGUCAUUUAAUAAAAUACUUGCACAAGGAGGCGAACAAGGUCCCCUUUUAUGCCCUGCUUCAUAAUUAUAAUAGAUUGGAACUAUUAAUGCAUAAAGAACAAUUACUAAUAUUAGAGAUAUAUUUGCUAUGUUCCUGUCAACAUCUUAUUUUUGUAAUUCGUACGUACAGAUUUGGUUGAUGAUUUCCAGAUGUUUGUACAAUUAAUGACAUGUGUCAUGACUUCAUAUAUUCUGUGAUAAAUCACGAACAACAAACUGUAAGUCAUCUCCAAACACUUUCAUCUUCGUGUUAUAUAUCAACUUUGAAACCUUUUAUCAUAGAAAUAAUUAAGAAAAAAUAAUGAUCAUUUCAAAAUCUUCUAAUCAACUUCAUGUAUUCUUGUCCUAUUUUUGUAAAAGAUCAAUUUUUAUAGAAACAUUUUCUUAUACAUUGAAAAUAACUGAGCAUUUUAUGCAUCUUUAUUGUAAUUAAUUGUGAAAUUUGACAAAUAUUUCUGUUAUUAUUCGUUUUAUUUCUUUUGAGAAUGUAUCAAAAAAUAAUAUUAUGAAACACAAUACCAAUAGAUUAGAGCAUUUUUAUGCCAAAGAAUUUGAGCUUCUUAGCAGUUCAUUGAUUUUCUAACAUUUCGUCUGUAAUAUUUCGUUGAUUUCUAACAUGUCGUCUGUACUAGUUCGUUUAUUUCUAACAUUUCAUCUGUAAUAGUUCGAUGAUUUCUAACAUUUCUCCAGUAUUUGUUUGUUGAUUUCUAACAUUUCGACUGUACUAUUUCGUUGAUUUUUAACAUUUCGUCUGUAAUAGUUCGUUGAUUUCUAACAUUUUUCCAGUAGUAGAUCGUCGAUUUCUAACAUUUCGUCUGUAAUAGUUCAACUUCGUUGAUUUCUAAUAUUUCGUCUGUAAUAGUUCGUUGAUUUCUAAGAUUUUGUCAGUAAUAGUUCAACUUCGUUGAUUUCUAACAUUUCGUCUGUAAUAUUUUGUUGAUUUCUAACAUUUCGUCUGUAAUAUUUUGUUGAUUUCUAACAUUUCGUCUGUAAUAGUUUGUUGAUUUCUUACAUUUCGUCUGUAAUAGUUCAUUGAUUUCUAACAUUUCGUCUGUAAUAGUUUGUUGAUUUCUAACAUUUCGUCUGUAAUAGUUCAUUGAUUUCUAACAUUUCUCCAGUAUUUGUUUGUUGAUUUCUAACUUUUCGACUGUACUAUUUCGUUGAUUUUUAACAUUUCGUCUGUAAUAGUUCGUUGAUUUCUAACAUUUUUCCAGUAGUAGAUCGUCGAUUUCUAACAUUUCGUCUGUAAUAGUUCAACUUCGUUGAUUUCUAAUAUUUCGUCUGUAAUAGUUCGUUGAUUUCUAAGAUUUUGUCAGUAAUAGUUCAACUUCGUUGAUUUCUAACAUUUCGUCUGUAAUAUUUUGUUGAUUUCUAACAUUUCGUCUGUAAUAGUUUGUUGAUUUCUUACAUUUCGUCUGUAAUAGUUCAUUGAUUUCUAACAUUUCGUCUGUAAUAGUUUGUUGAUUUCUAACAUUUCGUCUGUAAUAGUUCAUUGAUUUCUAACAUUUCGACUGUACUAUUUCGUUGAUUUCUAAGAUUUUGUCAGUAAUAGUUCAACUUCGUUGAUUUCUAAUAUCUCGUCUGUAAUAGUUUGUUUAUUUCUAACAUUUCGCCUGUAAUAGUUUGUUGAUUUCUAACAUUUCGUCUGUAAUAGUUUGUUGAUUUUUAACAUUUUCAUCUGUAAUAGUUCGAUGAUUUCUAACAUUUCUCCACUAAUAGUUUGUUGAUUUUUACCAUUCUGUAGUAUUUAUGUGAUUUCUAACUUUUCGUCUGUAAUAUUUUGUUAAUUUCUAACUUUUCGUCUGUAUUAGUUCUUUGAUUUCUAACGUUUUGUAGUUUAUAAAGUAACGAAUCUUUUUGUCUGUCUAAUUCAUUAGUUUGGUAUAUUCUUUUCCUGUGUAGUAGUUAAUUAAUAUGGAACUACAUAUCGUCUGUAUUGGGUCGUUAAUAUCCAUCAUAUUAACUUUGUUAAUUACCAUGGUACUAGUAUUAAUUAAAAUUUCUCUCCUUUCCCCCGGUUGUGUGUGAUUCUAUAUCUUAUCCAUUUUGUGCUGUUUGAGUGAAUGAAUUAUGUUUUUUUUUAAGUUUGUCCAAUUAUAAAGUUUAUGAUGUGCAUGCAAUCAGAAUUUGAUUGCAAAAGAAUAUAAAAUUAAACAUACAGUUUGUUAUAUGUGAUUUUUCUGUACAGUUAUGUUUUAUUAUUUAAUUAACUAUAUAUAGACAUCGCUAUUGAAUUUUACUUGAUGUUAGACAUUAAUAAACAUGUUUUCAGAAAAUCGU